GCUUGUCAUGUUGUUUUCUUCCAGGAAAAUGUCAGCCUCUCAUCCUCAGACUUCAUUAUUCACCUCCAUCAGCAGCGUGUGAACCAGAAACAUAGUUGUAUAAUGAAACUGUGCCUGCAGAGCCAUGAUUCAUUUACUUUUUACAAAAUGAAAGAUAAGUUAUUCUAGGAAAUAUAAUGGUCCAUAUGUGCUGCCUUAUCAUCUUUAGAUUUGUUGUUAAGUAACUGUUUCAGGCACUAAGACUGGCUGUGGAUAAAGCGACGUUGUGAAGACUACAGCUCAUACAGGCCAACUCCAACUCCUCUCUCCAAAUCUGGCUCAUGUUCUCGCCAUUGUCUACCUGCAACAACUCACCUUUGGAGCAAGACUUUUUCUUUUCUGCCUCAGUUCUGGUCUGGCACCAGAUUACCUCGAGCUCCACUACCCAUCAGGACAAGGCAGCAGAGCCUCACAUGGUGAAGCACACACUCCAGUGUCCCACCCCAACUCUGACUGACAAGGCAGGAACAGACUAAGCAGCAAUGUCUCUCCUGUCCCUAACCAACCCUCCCUGCUGGAGUGUGUACUCCGCUCUCUGUAUCCUCUUUGUGUUGCUGCCAGAGGCCGAAGCAGACAACCUGAACACUACCACUCAGCGCAAUGGCGGGGGGUCUCAGUGUGGAGAGUACUCUAACCAGGUGAUGGAGGAUGGGAUGUGUCGGCUGGUGGCCACGCUGCCUCAGCUGGAUGAGCAGAAAUGCCCGGAUAUGUUUCGCUGCACGGACGAGGUUUCGUAUUGGUUGCACGAGAAUGAGGAGAGGAAACAGCAGAUUGCGGUUUUGAAGGAGACCAUCUCCGAGCUGCAGGAGGAGCUGAGGAACCACAGGCACCACAUCAAAGCCCUCGAGCUGCAGAGUGAAGAGAGGAGCCACUUGAAUGUCUCCUUGGAGCACCGUUUUCAUGAGUUGGAGGUUCACUAUGCUGAAGCCACCACCCUGCUACACCUACAGGGCACUUUGAUCUUAGACCUCCAGAACCAGCUCCAUAACCUCACACUCUUGGUGGAUAAAGUGAAAAGAAGUCCUGGGUGUUUGAUCAACAUUGUUCGUCCCAACUCACUAAUGAGUGCACAAGAAGCUCUGCAUCCAGAGAUUCAGCAUGUGGGGAACUGUCCCAUUGACUGUGCGUCCCUCUACUACAAUGGCGUGAGGAGAUCAGGUCUCUACACAGUAGUGCCAUCACUGGCCGGCAUGCCUGUGGAGGUCUACUGUGAUAUGGACACAGAUGGUGGUGGCUGGACUGUGAUCCAGCGGCGUAUUGAUGGCUCGGUGAGCUUUGACCGCAGCUGGAGGGACUAUAGGGACGGUUUCGGUGACCUUCACUCAGAGUUCUGGCUGGGCAAUGAACACAUACAUGACCUGAGCACCCAGGGAGACUACAGUCUCCGCAUCCACAUGGAAGACUGGAGCAAUAAGCACAAACAUGCCCUCUACCAGAGCUUCAGAGUGGAAGACGAGGAGCAUCAGUACCGUCUCCAUGUGUCGGGCUUCAGCGGCACAGUGCAGGACUCUUUCAGCUGGUAUCACGACAAGCAGGGCUUCAGCACCCCUGAUAGUGGCAACAUCUGUGCUGAGAUUUCCCACGGAGGAUGGUGGUACAACCAGUGCUUUUAUGCCAACCUUAACGGAGUCUACUACAGGGGAGGCCAUUACACCCCUAAAGGCCGGGGGCCACUGGGUCCUGAUGGGAUCGUUUGGUACACCUGGAAGGAUUCAGACUAUUACUCCCUACGCAAAGUCAGCAUGAUGAUCCGACAACGCAACUUCCGAACCCGUUUGUCGCCCUGACCCACAAGUGAAGAUGACGUCAAAUGGUCUUUUUAUUGACCCAGCUGUUGUCAGUCAUGUUUCUGUGGUGAGUGAACCCACAGAGGAAUGAGGAAGUCUCUUCUGUCAGACUGGUGCACUCUUAAAACCGUGGACUUGUUUUCUGCUGUGUAUUCUUGAACACACAAACUUUGAACAGUAGAGUUCUUUUUCUGGGACAUGCACAUUUUUAAAUCAGUCACAGGAAGUGAGCUCUUCCUCAUUUUUUUUUUUACAUCUGUUUUGUACCUUUUAGUCUGAUAUUUUGACCCUCUGACACACUAUUAACAACCGAAACAGAUGCGUUUGUAUGAUGUGCAGACAGAGUGAAGGGAGCUCACAGUUUCUGCUGAGCACACAGGAGGCACUUGCAAAUGAACGCUCGGCUUAUGGUGUGUGCUUAUUGCAUAUCCCCAAUUUUAUUCAUUUUGAAUUUCUGCCAACUGUAAAUUUAAUCCAUUGUGUAAGCUUUAAUUGAGUAACAGGAGUUUUAAUGUCAUUACUUGAACAAGUCAAGAGAUAAAACCCGGAAUUAUAUUAUGUGUGAUAGCCCCAACCCUUUUAAGUGCUCCUGUCUCACAGUCUACGGUCAGGCAGAGAAGAGAUGCUUUUUAAGGACAAUGUAUACAUACGUACCAUCUGAACUGUCCAAUAAAAACUAUCCGUGCA